AUGUCUUCCAAAGACGUCCCCGAACUCUCCGAUGAAAUCACCGGCCAGAGCGCUCUUCCCAUCUCUCGGAUAAAGAAGAUCAUUCAACUGGACGACGAUAUCGUACAAUGUUCGACCAACGCUACAUUUGUGAUCUCCGUGGCCACGGAAAUGUUCAUCCAAUACCUCGCAGAGCAAGGGCAUAACGUCGUCAAAUCCGAACGGAAACCACGAAAGACCAUACAAUACAAGGACUUAGCUACGGCAGUUUCCCGGAUAGACAGCCUCGAAUUUCUCUCCGACGUGAUCCCCAAGACCACCACUUAUAAGCAAUUCAAAGAGAAGAAGGCGAAGGAGGGCCCCGUGAAAUCCGGCGGAAUCGAAAAGGGACAGCGCACACUGAACGGAACCAAGUCGUCGAAGCCGAAGUCCUUGAAACCGAAAGUGAACGGGGAUUCCAUGGAGCAGGAUGGGCCGUCGAUGGAGGAACCAUUGCGGAGUUCUGGGGCACCGAUUACUUUGGUUGUGGAUCGGACUGUCGAGGGGGUAUCUAAAGAGCAGGACCGUGACGUGGAAAUGACCGAUCAAUGA